AUGCCGUUGGACACGUCAACAUACUCGCUGGCGCUUCUGCGCGUGGACGGACGACGCUGGAACGAGCUCCGCCGGCUGCACGCCCUCAUCCGCACCCAGGAUGCCGCCGACGGCUCGUCGUACCUCGAAAUCGGCCACACAAAGGUCAUGUGCGUCGUGUCGGGUCCGUCCGAGCAGCAGCAGCAGCAGCAGGCCCAGCGGAGAGGCGGUCAGGCCAAUGCGACCCGCGACGGCGCGACGGUGCACGUCAACAUCAUCAUUGCCGGCUUCUCCAGCGUUGAUCGCAAGAAGCGCGGCCGCAACGACAAACGCAUACAAGAAAUGGAAAUCACCAUUGCCAAGGCCUUUUCCUCCAACCUGCACACGCACAUCUUCCCCCACUCGAGCAUCGCCAUAUCCCUGCACGUGCUGUCCCAGGACGGCUCGCUGCUUGCGGCGCUGCUCAACGCCACGACGCUCGCCCUCGUCGACGCCGGCAUCCCCAUGACCGACUACAUCGCCGCCUGCACGGCCGGGUCCACGUCGUCGUUUGCCGCCGGCGACGACGCCGCCGACCCGCUGCUCGACCUCAACACGCAGGAGGAGCAGGAGCUGCCGUACCUCACCGUCGCCACGCUGGGCGGCAGCGAUCGCGUCGCCGUCUUGGCGUGCGAGAGCCGCAUCCAGGUCAGCCGCUUCGAGGGCAUGCUCGUCGUCGGCGUCGACGGCUGCAAGCAGGUCAAGAAGUUUCUCGACAGCGUGGUCAAGACAAAGGGCGCCAAGAUGAUGCGCGAGGGAGCGAUACAAAAGAGCGAUACAAUGGUGAUGGAUCUGGACGAGUAA